AUGUGGAGUAUAUGGAAAGCUAGGAAUCUAAAAAUUUGGCAACAAGUGUCAGACUCAACCUUCACAAUUCUGGAAAGAGAAAAACAUCUGCUAGAAGGUUGGAGAAUUGCUAAUUGCAAGCAAGCUCCUUUAAGGCAUGACAAUUCAUCUUCCAAUACGAGUUCUUCUCACCAAAAUGGGGACACGAACGUUCAAUGGAGGAAACCGAGCGUUGGUAGAUAUAAAUGCAAUGUUGAUGCAUCCUUUCCAAAUAACUCAAACAAAGUGGGUUUUGGAAUGUGUAUCCGAGACUCAGAUGGGAAUCAUGUCCGCUCUAAAACUAUGUGCUUUUAUCCAUUUUGCUCUAUUGAUGUUGGGGAGGCUCUAGGUUUAUAUCAUGCACUUCGGUGGAUACAAGAACUUCAACUCACAAAUGUUGAUUUCGAGGUUGACUUUAAAAGAAUAGCUGAUUAUUUCAACAAAGGUCAUGGAGAUGUCACCGAAUUUGGUUUUAUUAUGGAUAGUAAUAUCCACUUCUGUAACACAUACUUAAAAAAUUCUCAUGUCGAGUUUAUUAGGAGGCAAGCGAAUGAGGUUGCACACGCUCUAGCUAAGACAGCCACAUCUAGUACUAGCUUCCUGGUCUUUGAUGAUAUUCCUGCAUGUAUUAGUGAUUUGAUCUUUAAUGAAAUGACAUAA